AUGAUCUCUCACUUUCUUCCUCUUCUCCUACUCUCGGUCGUUGUCAUCAAUGGAACGGUAAAAAUAACCAAAACCCUUAGAAAACCAAGUUUUCAAAAUUUUAUAUCAUGAUGCAUCAUUGAAAAAUUUCCGCUUCGUACUUCGUAUUGGAUCAUUUGCUGGGAGAACCAACUCAAAAUUUUACAAAUUAAGAGAAAAAAAAAAAAACUUAUUUCAAGUUUUCCAAUGAUUCAAAACAUCAUGUCGCGUCAAGGAUGCUAGUUUAUUUUUUCAUGAGUUUCUAUGAUAUUCUUUUUUAUUGUUAUCUCAAUUUAUUUAUUUAUAUUUUUUCCAGGAGAAUUAUUAUUAUUAUGAAGAUGGGAUCACAAAUGUGUCGGGAAAAGAAGUAACGUCCUUCUGCUUCCGUUACGUUCGCAAAAAAACAGGAGCAAGUCAUUUUAAUUAUAAAAUAGUCCAGAAAAUUAGUAAGAGUUGAUUGAUAAUCUUGAAAAAUUUCCAGUAUGUACCGGCUUCCAAACAAAGUGCCAGAGUAACGGAACUGCCCUGACGGUAAAUUUCAAACCUUUACAUGAACCGAUUCCAAUUUUGGUUAGAAAAAAGUGUCAUAAACGUGAGGAAACAUAAUAACUGAAAACUGAACAUUUCAAAACGCUUUGUAUUUUUUCAAUAAUCUUUAUUGAGCGAUCAGUGUGAACCCUAACAAAUUCACGUGGAUCUGAAACUUUAAACAGAUUCAACUUUACAUUACUUAGGAACUUACAAAAAGAAGCAUUUCCAUGCGAAAAAAGUCAAAGCUUUCAAUCAUCUCACUCAAUUUUAGGACAAAAUUUUCCUCAUCCGACGAAAAUACUGUACCAGCGACGACGCCUUGUACCAUUUUGCAAUAAUCGACUUCACUCGUCGUUCCGAUGAAUACUUCAAAAAACCCGCGACAGAGCAAAUCUAA